CCGCAGAAACAAUAUUGUUAUUUUCAACAGAGGACACAAUGUGGUUACGGUUAAUGCUUGUUCUCGUGCUUUUAAAUUAUGUGCGUACUUCACAAAAUGUUCAGGUGUCUACACCUAUCGGUGAAAUUUUAGGAACAACUUUAACGACGCGUUUGGGUAAAACUAUUUAUGCCUUCAGAGGAAUUCGUUAUGCGAAACCACCAGUAAACGAACUCCGAUUUAAACCCCCACAACCUGCUGAACCCUGGUCCGGAACCUACAAUGCCACGAGUGAUGGACCGAUGUGCCCACAACCUGGAAUUACCCCCAUUUCAGAGGAUUGCUUAUUUCUCAAUGUUUAUACAACCAAGCUCCCUACUAAAGGGAAUAAUCCCAAACGUCCAAUUAUUAUAUCUUUACAUCCUGGAGGAUUUUAUAGUAGUACUGGUCGUAGCAACUGGGUAGGACCACACUACUUCAUGGAUCAAGAUAUAAUUUUGGUGACCUUAAAUUAUCGCAUAGCUUCGCUGGGUUUCAUUAGUGUUGGUAAAGAGGCGCCUGGAAACAAUGGAUUGAGAGAUCAAGUAAUGGUUAUGAAGUGGGUCCGCAAUAAUAUAGCAUCAUUUGGUGGAGAUCCAAAUUCUGUUACACUCUAUGGGUAUAGUGCAGGUGCUUGGAGUAUCACUCUCCAUAUGGUUUCUCCAAUGUCUCGUGGCCUAUUCCACAAAGCUAUUAUUAGUAGCGGAUCUGCAUUAGGACAUUGGCCAUUGCCCACAAAUCAGUUGGAUUUAGCUAAAAAGCAGGCCAGAAUUGUAGGAUGUCCAGAUACCAAUGCAACAGUAGUAAUAGACUGCCUAAGUAAAACAUCUGCAGAAGAAUUAGGAAACUCCCUUUCUCAAUUAGCCGAAUUUGGUUUCGAUCCGAUACUCAUUUGGUCACCAGUUAUUGAAGAAGAUUUUGGUCAAGAACAAUUUCUUGCUGAUGAUCCAGUUAAACUAAUUAAAAGCGGAAAUUUCGAACAAAUUCCUAUCAUAGCAGGAAUUACUAAAGAUGAGUUUGCUCAAAGAGUUUUUCCUGUGUUAUCCAACGCUACUUUAUUGGAAAAACUCAACAACGAUUUUGAAGCAUACGCACCAAUUAUGUUUAUUUACGAAAGAGGAACUAAUAAAUCAAAAGAAGUCAGUAGAAGUGUACGGCAGUUUUAUUUUGGUAACAAUCCAAUAACUAACGCAUCACUACAAAAUUUAGGAAACGCAUAUUCUGAUUCUAUUGUUGGGUUUCCAGUUAAUAGAGUUGUUGAUUUAAUUUGUGAACACAGUAACAAACCUGUAUAUUAUUACGAAUUUACCUAUCAAGGACGGUAUAGUUUCUUUUAUCUUCCAAACUCCGACGGAACUAUCCCAUAUGGUGUGGCUCAUCAUGAUGACUUAAUUUACUUGUUCUACAUUUCUCCAAUGUUUCCAUUUUUUAAUGCUAGCUUUCCAGAAAGUAAAAUGGUACAGACAUUAUCCUCUCUCUGGGCUAAUUUUGCUACUGCAAGUAAUCCCACUGACUGCGGUCUUAAAAAAAACAUUUACGAAAUCGAAUGGACACCGUAUGACACAACCACAAAAAAGUACCUGGAAAUUGGAGAAAAACUCACUCUUAAAGAAAAAUUGUUCGAGGAUAGAUACUCACUUUGGAGAAAUUUAUAUCCACUUUCUUUUUAGUUAUAGAUUUUCUAAUGUUUGGAUAUAACAAAAUGGCAAAUGUUGAAAAUAAAA